GCGAUUGGAAUGUUAGCGACUAACAAACGGAACAACUGAGCAGUCGGAAAUUGGUCACUUUGGACUGAGGAAUUCCGUCUUUUUAUUGUUGGAGGAGGUGGGGUGGGGGGGCGAGGUUUCCGUGCCUCCGAGCUUUUCUAGGUCAGCCUUUUCCUGGCGAGCGGAGAACUUGAAGCGCCGCGGCUGAGCUCGGUUUUCUAUCAGCGCAUCUCGGUCGACGGCCGAAGCUUGUUGGAGAUCAAAAAAAAAAAAAGAGCAAUGCCAGGAUUCGUCAGGUUAUGCUGGUGCCGCUGAACCGCUCCUGUCGUGCAGCGUCAUCUCUUCUGAAGUCUACCUUUCCGGGGAACCAUGGAGUGAGUGAUUCGGAGGGGGGGAAAAAAAAAAGAAGACCCAGCAACGAAUCACGCCGAGGCGUUCGGGACGGAGCGCGGCGGCAACGCUGACUAUGCUUCUCCGGUCUCGCUGAAUGUAUUAGAUCGAGUUAAAGCAAGCAGUCAACCUCCCCGCGUAAGGGGACCCACUGGGACCCCUUGCUGCUGUUUACCCGGUAGGGAGCGACUUCCCAGACGGGCACUUUUCCUUUUUGAAAAGCUCUGAAUGACAGUGAGGAGAAGCGCCGCGGAAGAGCUCGCGACCCGCCGGGUUCGGGCGGCACUCGUCUUUUUAGGUGCAGCCGAGACCCUUCGACAUGCUGGAACUCUUCCGACGCGAGAGAAAGGGAGCGGACUUUUAAAAUCGCCCACAUGCGCUGGAUCAAUCGCUGGAUUUGGGAACCGAAUUCGCAGAAGGGGGGUUGGGGAUCCUUGGAGGAGGCAGCCGGAGGAUGGAGCCGUGUAAGCGGGAUUGCUGAGAGCCUAACUUGUGGCCACUUUGCCGUUCUUGUUCCGAAGCAAGUCGCAUCUGUUCCCCCGGACACAUGCAGGCCAAAAAACGUUACCUGAUCCUGCUUUCGGCCGGUGCUUGCCUGGCCCUUCUCUACCUCGGAGCGGUUCCGCUUCAAACGGCGAGCAGGCACCGGCAUGAAAGCAGACGCCACGGGUACCGACCCGAUCACCCGUGGCCUCACUUCUCGGACCGUUUACACCCAUUCGCGCCCUGGGAUCAGACUGAAACCGAGGAGUAUAACGUGCACGCAUCGGUGAGGCAUGCCCGGGACGUGAACACGAGUGUUUACAAAGGCAAACGCUGCCGGAUGGAGUCAUGCUUUGACUUUUCUCGGUGUAAAAAGAAUGCAUUCAAAGUUUAUGUUUACCCGCAGCAGAAGGGGGAGAAGAUCUCAGAGAGUUAUCAGAACAUUUUGUCCACUAUUGAAGGCUCCAGGUUUUACACUUCGGACCCGGGUCAGGCGUGUUUGUUCGUGCUGAGUUUGGACACGCUUGACCGGGACCAACUGUCUCCGCAGUACGUCCACAAUCUGAAGACCAAGAUCCAGAACUUGCCUCUGUGGAACAAUGGCAGGAACCAUCUUAUAUUUAACUUAUAUUCCGGGACGUGGCCGGACUACACGGAAGACUUGGGCUUCGACGUCGGCCAAGCGAUGCUGGCAAAGGCCAGUAUCAGCACCGAGAACUUCAGACCCAACUUUGACGUUUCCAUUCCUCUUUACCCCAAGGAGCACCCGAGGACCGGCGGCGAGAGGGGCUUCCUCAAAUAUAACUCCAUCCCACCUUUUCGAAAGUACAUGCUCGUCUUCAAGGGGAAGCGCUACCUGACCGGUAUCGGUUCGGACACCAGGAAUGCCUUAUAUCAUGUGCACAAUGCGGAGGAUGUGGUGCUGCUCACCACCUGCAAGCACGGCAAAGACUGGCAGAAGCACAAGGACGCGCGCUGUGACAAGGACAACGCAGAGUAUGACAGGUAUGACUACAAAGAGAUGCUCCACAACUCCACCUUCUGCCUGGUCCCCCGAGGCAGGAGGUUGGGCUCCUUUCGCUUUCUGGAGGCCCUGCAGGCUGCAUGCGUACCCGUGAUGCUUAGUAACGGCUGGGAGCUGCCUUUCUCCGAGAUCAUCAACUGGAAUACGGCAGCAGUCAUCGGCGACGAGAGGCUUCUGCUGCAGAUUCCUACCACGGUGCGUUCCAUCCACCAAGAUAAGAUCCUGUCGCUCAGACAGCAGACGCAGUUCCUGUGGGAGGCCUACUUCUCUUCGGUGGAAAAAAUCGUGCUGACCACGCUGGAGAUCAUCCAGGAUCGUGUUUUGGAGCACAGUUCCAGGAGCACCCAGAUGUGGAACACUCACCCCGGGGGGCUCUUUGCUCUGCCACAGUACUCGAGCUACCUCGGAGACUUCCCCUUCUUCUAUGCCACCUUUGGUAUUAAACAGUCUCCGAAGUUCACGGCCGUCAUCCACGCCGUCUCCAAUCUGGUGUCCCAGUCGCAACCCAUCCUCAAGCUGCUGGUGGCGGUGGCCAAGUCCCAGUACUGUGCACAGAUUAUUGUGCUGUGGAACUGUGACAAGCCCCUGCCCGCCAAGCACCGCUGGCCCGCCACUUCCGUACCCGUCAUCGUCAUCGAAGGGGAGAACAAGGUGAUGAGCAGCCGCUUCCUCCCGUACGAGGCCAUCGUGACCGACGCCGUCCUCAGCUUGGAUGAAGACACGGUGUUGUCCACCACAGAGGUGCGUUGAACUAUUUCGAAAUGAUUUGCCCGCAGGCAA